AUAGAUCACACAAGCAAGCAAGCAGCCGACCAAGAACUAGAAAGAUGGCUGCCUAUAAGCACCUUGCUUUCUCAAGCUUCAUCAUCCUUAUGUUAUUUCCAUUGCUCUUGCAAUUUCAAUUUGGUAAAAGUGAGCUCCAACUAAACUAUUACUCCGAGAGUUGCCCAAAAGCUGAAGAAAUCAUCAAGCAAGAGGUUGCCAAGCUAUACUAUGAACAUGGAAAUACAGCCGUCUCUUGGCUUAGAAAUCUCUUCCAUGAUUGCUUUGUUCAGGGAUGUGAUGCAUCUUUAUUGUUAGAGAGUGUGAAUGGGAUAGAGUCAGAGAAGGCAUCUGGAAGGAGCUUUGGGAUGAGAAAUUUUAAGUACGUGAACACAAUCAAAAAGGCUCUUGAGAAUGAAUGCCCCUCCGCAGUUUCUUGUGCUGAUGUUGUUGCUCUUUCUGCGAGAGAUGGUAUUGUCAUGUUAGGAGGGCCACACAUUGAGAUGAAAACGGGAAGAAGAGACAGCAACGAGAGUUAUGCGAAAAUCGUGGAAGAGUUCAUUCCUAAUCACAAUGAUUCAAUGUCUUCAGUGCUCUCUCGCUUCCAAUCCGUUGGCAUCGAUGUGGAAGGCACAGUUGCCCUUUUAGGAGCUCACUCCGUGGGACGAGUCCACUGUGUGAACCUCGUACACAGACUCUACCCAACUGUCGAUCCAACCCUAGACCCCGACUAUGCUGAGUACCUCAAAGGCCGGUGCCCAACUCCAAUCCCAGACCCAACGGCAGUCCAAUACUCGAGGAACGACCGUGAAACGCCCAUGAUUCUGGACAACAAUUACUACAAGAACUUGUUGAAGAACAAGGGUCUGCUCAUGGUGGAUCAAGAACUUGCUUCUGACCCAGCUACGUUGCCCUUUGUGCAAAAGAUGGCUUCUGAUAAUGACUACUUCAACGAGCAGUUUUCUAGGGCUGCCCUGCUUUUGUCCGAGUACAAUCCACUUACUGGGGACCAAGGAGAAGUCAGAAAGGAUUGUCGCUAUGUAAAUACAAAUUAGUCAUGCAAUGUUUGAGACUAAUAGCCAACUUCUUGGAGGGUUGCAAAUAUAUGAUCCAUUAAUAAAGAAGGGCUUGUGGAAA